CACUGACCUGUCAAUGCCAGUGACAGAUCACAUCUCCCCUCCCCUGUCCAAGAGCUCUCCUCUUCCAGUCAAGAUUUCUCAUCAGAUAAAAAGAACAAACAAAAGCAAAGAUGUCUGAGAAAAAGAUGACAUCCAGCCGCAAGCAUCAUCUGAAGAGUCUAAUGCUUCACAUCGCUGGAGAGCGAAUUGAGCAGGAAGCGGUUGACGCUAAGGCUGCAAAGGAGGCCUACCUGAAUGAGCAUUGCCCUGAACUCUCAUUACCUGAUGGUCUGGAGGCACUACAGAAACUGUGCAAAGAGAUCCAUCAAAAGAUUGACAAAGUGGAUGAUGAGAGAUAUGACGCUGAUUCCAAACUGACCAAAGGAGCUAAGGAGGUUGAAGACCUGAAGUUCAAGGUCACUGACUUGAAGGGUAUGAAGAAACCAGCUUUGAAGAAAGUACGUAUGUCUGCCGAUCAGAUGCUGCAGGCUCUGCUGGGCUCCAAGCACAAGGUCACCAUGGACUUGAGAUCCAACCUGAAGCAGGUGAAGAAGGAGGUCAAGCAGGAGGCGACUGGCGACUGGCGCCAGAACGUUGAGGACAAGAAGGACAAGAAGAAGAUGUUUGAGGGUGCUGAGGCGUAAAUUCAAGAGACUCAAGAAGUUGACAUCUUCCAGAAAAAAAGCAAAAUGGAUAGAUGGGGGACAUUUGUUCUUUUUGCUUAAUGUUUUUUAUGUUCCCUAUACCUUGACAGAAACAAAUGCCUUCAUUCUCAAAAUGCACUGAAUUUAGAUAGAGCAAGCAUGUUACUGUUGCAGACCAUACAUAUUAAACAAUGGGCUUUAAUGUUC